UGUUCAUUUAACACCUUAACGAACCGAGCACAGGUAUAUAAGGGGAGAUGGGGUGAAAAUAAAAAGGAUUAUCAGUAAACUAAUGUGUAGCAGUUUUUAGCCCUCUUUGAUAAAUAAAAAUCAAUCAAUAUGUCUAUGUUAAAUUGUUGAUAAUGAUAAUCCGAAGGAUUAUAGCUUGUUCUAUUUUUAAAGCAGCUGGUGUGUAGAUAAUUUUAGCUCGACGUUUCGUUGGCCAUCGUGAUAUUGUGAUUUUAAAUACAGAAUAUGCAGAUAAGGAUUGGGCGCCAUGGAGAACCUUAAGUUCCUUGUCGUGGGGGACGGAGGCGUGGGCAAGUCCAGCCUCCUCUUGACCUAUACCACCCACGCCUUCCCGUCAGAGCACACCCCCACGGUGUUCGACAACUACAUCGACACUGUGAUGGUGGACGGCGACCGGAAAUGUCUGGAACUCUGGGAUACAGCAAAGAGGGAGGAAUGCGAUCGAGAGCGCCCCUUGUCGUACCUCGGUGCCGACAUCUUCCUUCUCUGUUACUCCAUAGAGAACAGGUGCUCCUUUGAGAACAUUGAAGACAAAUGGAUACCGAAGAUUGAGCACGUGUGUCCAGACGUUCCGGUUCUCCUGGUUGCUUGUAAAACAGAUUUAAGGUCAUCGUCCAAGAUAGAGGGGGUGGUCAGUUCAGAGGAGGGGCGGGCGCUGGCGGGACGACUCCGGGUCCCGUUCUGUGAGACCAGUUCCCUGACACAGACCGGGCUCAGGGAGUGCUUUGACACCGCGAUCAAACGAGCGACAGAAUGCAGUCAUUGUAAGAAAAAAGCGAAAUCCCACCGUAGAUUUAGUGGAUAUAGUUGGUCAAAAAAGAAGAGGGUGCAUUUACCUCCCGUCAUGCCUUCAGUCGGAAAGGCUCCGUGGGUAGAAAUAAUGACGUCAACAUUUAGUUCUGUUUGGACGAAGGCGCUACAGAAUCCUGUCCACUCUGACGUGACUUUUAUACUGGAGGGGAACCACAAACUCGAUGCCCAUCGUCUGGUGCUGUGUGCAGCCUCCAAGUUCUUCCAGAAAGUCUUCAGAUUCUCUCAAAGUGAACAGAAAAGAUAUCAACUGACUGAAAUUGAGGACGAAUCUUUCUCGACACAAGAUUUAACAUCAGGGGCAGUGGAAGGCAUAGCAACGGUCAUAGAGGAGAAUGAUGUGAAAACUCACACAACCAUACAGCUGUGUGAUGGAAUCCGGCCCAAGUCUUUCGUGCGGGUUCUACAGUUCCUCUACACAGGAUUGCCCAAUCUACCAAAGGACGUUAUGGGUAUUGAAGACGAAAUCCACGAUGUAAGCAGAUUGGCCAAAAUGUUUGGAUUGGGACAACUAGAGACAAUCUGUAAUAACUGUUUGAAGGAGAUGGAUUUUUUGAAUCCAAGCAUUGGAACGUUUCUCAACGACGAAACAGGAAAACGAAUGAAAGAUAUGUUCUUCAACAACCCUGAAUAUGCCGACGUCAUUUUCCAUAUUGAAGGAACAAAAAUUUACGCCAACAAAGUUGUUCUCGGGGCGAGAUGUGAGGUAAUGUCGGCCAUGUUUGGAGGAAGUUUUGUAGAGAGUCAGAGUACUGUGUCCGAGGUCCAGCUAAAGGAAGUGACGUCAGAGUGUUUCAUGGCUCUCAUGGAGUACCUCUACUCGGACCACGCCCCUAUUGAGGACGGUGACUCGGUUGGGAUCAUGGUACUGGCGGAUGAAUACGGUCAAAAGAGACUGGUAAAUCUCUGUGAGCUUCACAUCACCAAAGAAGUGGAUCGAAGUGUAACCAAGCAAAUCGAGAAAUCAGAAAUUGACGUCAUAGGCCUGUUACUGACGUCUCAGCUAUAUAAUGCAGAGCAGCUCUCUAACUGGUGUCUCCACUUCAUAUCUUCUAACUACAUUGCAUUCGAGAAAAGACAGGAAUUCUCCUUGCUAACCGGAAGUAAUAUAGAGCACGUGGAGGAGCACAGGUGGCCGCCAUUGUCCUAUUUAGAGGACGUGAAACAGUAUGAGAAAGAGAUGGAGAAAAUGGGAGAGAAGUGUAGUGUUAUGUGAUAUAAUACUAAAAUCCCCAAUUUAAGUAAAAAUAAAAGAGCUGUUGGAAUAACAAAUCCGGUUACAUUUUACGCUUUCGCAUUAUUCAGGCAUGCAUAUGCCCAAAUCUUCUCUGCAAGGAGACAGUGCAUUAGUGAUGGGAAAUAGCUCUGAAGUCGUACAUGUACCAGUGAUUUAGUCAUUUGUGUAAGGAUACAAGUUGUCUGGUUGAAAUGUAUCGCACAAGUACUGAAAUUGGUUAAUAUGAUAGGAUAUCGACAUAUGCAUAUAUAGCGACAGUACUAAUUGUGAACGGAGCCAGUUCUUCAAUUAAAUAUCCUAUGAAAUAUUUUCUCCAAUAUUGAAGUGUAGUAUAAAAACUAGUAAUGCAUAUGUACAUGUAUCAAAAUUUUAAAUUCUCCCUCACUUUGUUAAUUCAAAUAAAAAACAAUUUAGCGCUGAACCAUCGGUCUCUGGUGACUGCACGCGAGCCAUCGGACUUUGGCGUACUAAAUCGUCUGGGUUUACGCAGAAGAUCGGACUUUACCGUGACCAUCAAGCUUUAAAAUUCCUUCACACUUUGGAGUUUUACAAAUAUAUCCUAGUCAAAAACUACGCAAAAUUUUAUUAGACCAGUUCAAGCAGUCGUAGUAUAGAGAGAGGUAGAAAGGGGUUAAAUUUCGCGCUUUUUAAAAGAUCACUGGAUAAUGAAUUUACCGACAAAACUACGUAAGAAAUAUUGUUUUUUUUUAAACGGAUGAUGCAACUACUUAUUGAGACAAGUAGAUUAUGAUAUUCUUAGAGAGAACAUAAAUUGUACAUUAUGUGACUGUAAUGAAAUUGCGAUGAAAUUGAGGAUAAAUUUCAUUAUCUUUUCUAAUGUUCUGAUGUAUGUAUAUCAGAUUCAAGAGUUACAUGUAUGUAUGUAUGUAUGUAUGUAUGUAUGUAUGUAUGUACGAAAAUAUUUCAUAUCAAAUCAAAGUACUUUUCAAUUUGAUACAUUGCUCAAUGUCACAAAUAAAAACCAACUUAUCAGUAUUCAAU